AGUAGGCGAGAAGUCCGGGUGCGGGAGGGUACGCACUGCUUUGAAAUUGCAACUUGGCGCUGAGGCGUCGAUUCGUGGACACACUGAGCAGGCAGGCUUGCUCUGCUUCAGCAAGUCCCACCGAAACUUCUCUCUUUGGACUUGCGCCGGCGCAGGACCAAGUCGUUUGGUGGGGGUGAGACCGGCCUGUGGCUGAGGAGAUCUGAGCGUGAGAGGGGCGCACCAUGUUCGCCCCCCGCUGGGGCCGGGGGCUCGGCCGCCUCCGGCUCGGUCACCUCCGAGUGUGGGCCGGCGAGGCUGCUGGGCGCCGGGCGCGCGGGGCUUGUCAGGCCCGGUGGCACGGCUCGGGGGGCGGCGAGCGCCGGCCGGGGUCCGAGCCGGAGGUCGCGCCGCCUGGCCCCGCGCGCCGCGCGCUGAAGGAGUGGGAGCUGCGGGUGAGCCCGUUCGGGCGGCUGCGGGCGCGGCUGCCGUGCCACCUGGCCGUGCGGCCGCUCGACCCCCUCGCCUACCCGGACGCCGACCGCGUGCUGGUCGCCGUGAGCGGCAUGGAGGGCGGGGCGCCGCACCUGGCCGGCCUGCACGUUCGGUACGACGAGGAGUCGAAGGAGGUGGCGGUCGAGUCGGACACCAUCGACCCCCAGGCGUCCGUGGAGGUGGACGCGCCCCUGAAGUUUGAUUUGAAUAUCAAGUCUUCAGGGUCUGGCUGUAUAAAAGUCCAAAAUAUUGAGUGUGAUAAUUGCAAAAUUGAAACUGAGCAGGGGACUAGCAUCUUACAGUCUGUUAAGAGUCAAAAAUUAUGUGUUCAAACGAAAGGAGGCAAAGUGAUCUGUCUGGGAACAAUUUAUGGAAAUAUAGAUAUUCAUGCAUCAGAUAAAAGUACUGUGACCAUAGAUAAACUUCAGGGAAGUUCUGUUAAUAUAUCUACUGAAGAUGGUUUGCUGAAAGCCAAGUAUCUUUACACAGAAUCAUCAUUUCUAUCUUCUGCUGCUGGGGAUAUUACAUUAGGAAGUGUUCAUGGUAAUAUAACAUUACAAAGCAAGAUGGGUAACAUCACAGUAGAUUCGUCCUCUGGAUGUCUAAAAGCCUCAACUCAUCAGGGUGCCUUAGAUGUUUAUGUCAGCCAACUGGGGAAGGUGGAAUUGAAAUCCCAUAAAGGCUCUGUUCUUGUCAAGGUCCCAUCUUCUCUUCAAGUUCAUUUACAGUUAUCAGGAAAAGAGGUCAAUGUGAGCUCAGAAGUCCAAGUUCAAGAGAUGGCCGAAACUCAUAAAGAUGAUGGUGUAAUAAUUACUGGGCUCAUGAAUCAAGGAAGCAAACUUGAAAAAUGGAUUAAGGCUGAUGCCCCAAAAGGCACUGUAAGUUUUAGAAAUCAAAGCUGGUUUCAGUCCCUGAAACUGCAGGACUGAAUGGUUUGAGCCCGGCCGGUGUGGUUCAGUGGUUGAGCGUCGGCCUAUGAACCAGGAGGUCACAGUUUGAUUCCUGGUCAGGACACAUGUACAGGUUUUGGGCUCGGUCCCCAGUAGGGGGCGUGCAGGAGGCAGCCAAUCAAUGAUUCCCUCUCAUCAUUGAUGUUUCUAUCUCUCCCUCCCCCUCUCUUUUUUAAAAAAGGAAUGAUUUGAGUUGUAUUUAUAAUUUUAAUAAUUAGUAGAUCAAUGGCUACAAAAAUGCAAAUACCACUGUUCAUAUAUAAAUACUGAAAAUAACAAAUUGGAUGAGUAUUGGUGAAUUGUGGUUUUUUUGGGGGGGAGGAGGAAAUGUCAAAAUUUGUACUUACCUAUUGUUUAGUUUCCUUAUUGCUCUGUAACAUAUUGCUACAAACUUAUCGACUUAAAAUAACACUCAUUUAACAGCUCACAGUUCUGUAGGUCAAGAGCAGGGGUAGGCAAACUUUUUGACUCGAGGGCCACAAUGGGUUCUUAAACUGGACCGGAGAGCCGGAACAAAAGCAUGGAUGGAGUGUUGGUGUGAACUAAUAUAAAUUCAAAGUGAACAUCAUUACAUAAAAGGGUACGGUCUUUUUUUUUUUUUUUUAGUUUUAUUCAUUUCAAACAGGCGGAUCCGGCCCGCGGGCUGUAGUUUGCCCACGGCCGGUCAAGAGCCUGGCUAGAUUCUCCAUUCAGGAUACCCAUCAGGCUGAACUCAAGAUGUUGGCUGGACUGAGUUCUCAUCUGGCUGCUCUGGUAAAAUAAAAUAAAUCUUCCAAGCUCAUUCUUAUUGGUGGUAAAAUCUUGUUCCUUGUGACUGUAUGAGGUCUCCAUUUUCUUGCUGUUGGCAUUUGCUCUAAGCUUCUAGAGACUGACUAUAUCCCUUCUCAUGUGGCCCUGAUCCUCUUCUAGGCAGCAGUGAUGCAUUCAGUCUUUCUAAUACUUCUGACCUGUUCCGCAGCCACGUGGAGAGAACUCUGCUAUUAAAGGGCCCACUUGAUUAGGUCAGGCCUUCCCAGGAUAAUCUUUGUUUUGUCAUAUAACAUAAUUAUGGGAGUGAUGCCUCACAUAUUCACAGUUUCCACUCAUACUCAAGAAAUUAUACAAAGACAUAGGUAAUAGGGGGAGGGGGAUAGGGAGUUAUUUUAGAAUUUUUUGUACCAUAGGUCUUAUGUAAUGUUUUCUACUUGUAUUUAUUAUGACAUCAAAGUAAAUUUAAGUUGUGAAUAAAACACAUCAUAAAUA